AUGGCAACGCGCUACUCACGCGUCGACCCUCUUCGCCGGCAAGGCCUGGCAAUUGCCUCUCGUGCAUUCACCACUUCCUCGGCAGCUCAGGCCGCCGAGGUUAACAAGUUGGGAGUCAUCGGAGCAGGCCAGAUGGGAUUAGGCAUUGCUCUUGUUGCUGCGCAGAAGGCUCAAGUUCCCGUGACUCUCAUCGAUAAUUCUCAGUCCUCUCUCGAUAAGGGUCUCAAAUUCGCCGACAAGCUACUGGAAAAGGAUAUCGCCAAGGAACGUCUGACUCGGGAUGCUGCCGACACCGUCCGCUCGCGCAUUACGACCAGCCUGAAGUUGGAUGACCUAUCGUCGGUGGACUUUGUGAUUGAAGCGGUCCCGGAGAUCCCCGAUCUCAAAACGUCCAUUUUCUCCAAAGUUGCCCAGAUUGCCCCCAAACAUGCCAUCCUUGCGACCAACACCUCGUCCAUUCCAAUCACCAAGAUUGCCGCAGCCACCACGACCGAUCCAAUGGACUUGCAGGCCGCUUCCCGAGUUGUCUCGACACAUUUCAUGAACCCUGUUCCAGUACAGAAGGGCGUCGAAGUUAUUGCUGGCUUACAAACAUCCCAGGAAACCAUUGACACAGCCAUUGCUUUCGUGGAACGCAUGAACAAGGUUGCUUCUGUCUCCGCGGAUUCGCCCGGGUUUCUCGCCAACCGCAUUCUGAUGCCAUACAUUAAUGAAGCAAUCAUUUGUCUUGAGACUGGAGUCGGACGCCGCGAGGAUAUUGAUAACAUCAUGAAAAACGGCACCAACGUUCCUAUGGGCCCUUUGACGUUGGCUGAUUUCAUUGGUCUUGACACCUGUUUGGCUAUCAUGAAUGUCUUGCACCAGGAGACCGGGGAUAGCAAGUAUAGGCCGUCUGGAUUAUUGAAGAGAAUGGUUGAUGCUGGCUGGAAGGGUAAAAAGUCCGGAAAAGGCUUUUACAACUAUUGA